AGCUGGAUGCUCCUCUCUGCCACACCGUCCCUGGAGAACCGGAGAGGAUGGACACGCUGCGAAGGAGCCUUUCCCGCUGGAAGAGGUACCACAUUAAGGUGCACUUGGCUGAUGAGGACCUGAUGAUGCCGCUGACCGUCAAGCCCAGAGACACAGUGAUGGACCUACGGGCUUACCUGGUGCGGGAGGGCGUCACUUCCUGGAAGAAGACAUUUUAUUACAACUCCAGGCAGCUUGAAGAGCAUGAGACUUUGAAAGAAGCCAAUAUCCAGAAUGGCUCAGUCCUGCUUCUUGUCAGCAACAAAAGGUAGGCACAGAACUCAUCUGCAGUGGGGGCGGUGCAAGGGAAGGGGGAAUGCUCUGUGCAUCUCAGCCCACGGGACGCUUUCCCACUGGAGUUUGCAGAAAGCAGAUCGGGAGCUGAAACCCUG